AUGAGCAGUGGGCUCCUGCCUCCCGUCCCGGAUUUAAUCCCCAUCUCGGUGCUUCGCAAGAGCUCCCCCAGCAACAACAAUUUAAGCGGAGACGGGAUCCGGGAGUGUGCCCCUUGUGCCGUUCGUUCGGAGGUUAUGGGCGAACAGCGCUCUCGGCGGCGGACGGGAAACCAACCUGCCGUCGACCUGAUCGAUAGCGCAGGGUCACGUGGUUACAGCGCCGCCCCACAGGCACCGCAGUCCCGGAAAGCAAGGUCCGAGCGUCACCGUAAAUCAGACAGACGACGCGGACAUCGCAAACUCGCCAGAACACGGUCCGAUAGUAAACAUUCCAAGUCCCGGGAAAUCCAUUCUCCAAGCUCCUCUCCGGAGAGGCCCGCGAACCCGCGCGUCAAUCCAAUAUUCGUGUGGAUACGGCAAGAAGACACACGCAUCGUGGAAGUGAAAUGCGAGGAUUACGACAAACGAAACCGCAUCCUUCUUACGAAGACAGCGCAGGGUUGGCGCGCUAUCCCGCGCACAGAGACCCUCGUGCCCAGCCUGAAGGAGGCGGCUAACAGGGACCAAGAGCCACCGCAACAGCAUCACCACCAUCACCACCGGAACCGGAAGUCACGCAAGAGUAAAGUGAGGCGGCGGUCCACGGGGGUGCAAGUCGAAAACGAUAACGAAGAACAAGAUGUUGAAAUGCAGACCCAGUCGCCGUCGCCGUCGUGGAUGUCUGCGGAUAACAUUAACGUGGAAUCUCUCCUGCCGUCCCACACUAUAAAAGUAAAGAGUGCCGACAAAAUAUGUGACGUCAGCCCGCUUGAUAAUUUACUUGCUGUAGCGGAACUGGAAUUUAACCAGCAGAUACAAUCGGGUGAAUGGCAUAAAUCAUCUCAAGAGGAAGAUACGGGAGACAAUAAGGAAGAAAACAUUGACUUCGACAAAACUUUUAGUGACGACGUAGAUGGAGACGUUGAUAAGGAAUUCAUUAAGAAUCUAGAACAGCUGAAUAACUUAAUUGAAUCGGAGGGGAAUAAACUGGAUAUGGAUGAAAAUUUUACAGCUAAUGAACAGAAAUCAGAUGAAUGCGACUAUACAGAAGAUGACGACAACAAUUUAGCUAUGGACGAUAUUCUUUCUAGGUUGGAACAGUCUUUAAGGAGUCCAGAAUGUACGGAUGCAAACAAUUGUGACGCGAAUAUAGAGACAAAGAGCGUGGAAGACCACGAUAAGAAUACUGAUAGUUGUACUAGUGGCAAUGAAGAUAAAGCGGUACCUGAAUUUGAAAAUUUCUUUGAAGAUAGUGAUAUUAAAAUCGAAGAGCCUAAAAUUGAAAACCUACCCAGUGAAAAACCUGAGAAACCCGAAAUAAUCAAUUUGGUCGAGUCGUCUACAAUUGACGACGAAGAACCAACAGAUUUAUCUUUAAAAUCCAAGUUAGACAUGACAGUGGAUAAUAAUAAUUGUGACAUUUCUGAAGAACCAACCGAUUUAAGUAUACCAAAAACUUCAUCAAAUAUAGCAUCUACUUCUCGCCCACCUUCCCAAAAUUCAGAGGCAAUACAAUCCCCACAACCUAGUGGAAUACCAGCUGUGCCUCCAUCUCCCGAUAUUGUAUCCACCACGGCUACAUCAAGCAUGAACACAAAACCUAAAUCCGUAUUUCUGGAAUCGUUACUAUCAAACAGUUCCAAAAAAAUUGCUCUUAACUCUGAAGUAACAAUAAUUCGUCAGAAAGAGCCGUUGGACCUGGGCAAAUGUCGAAAAUCGGCCAGUCCAACCGUCACGUGCUCCGAAGAAAUUAAUAGUACCCCUUCUGAGUUAGAACCUCCCCCAAAAAAAUUUAAAUCAAUUGAUAUAACACUAAAGACAUUAUUAGAUGCGGAUGUGCAGAAGCCUGAACGAGAAGUGAAAACUACCGAAAAAAAUAAUGCGGGAGAGACUCCCAGAUUAUUAGAAUUGUUGAAGAGUGAUUCUGACCCCGACCCUUUAACACAACUAAAACAACUUCUAGCGGAUCCAUCUCUAGUAGUACCCGAUCCCAUGCUGGUACCUAAAGAUAAGUUUAGCCAAAUUUUAACUCAUCCAGGAACUGAAAUACCGAAGUUAUUAAAGGAGCGCCCAGAAUUGCGCUUGCCUGAAGCUCUGGCCUACCCCCACAUUAUGCAAGAUCCAAAUAUGUUAGUUCUAAAUAUUCAUCAUUUGGAAUCGAUUUUGUCUAGUAAAGCGUCGCAAUACGCGGAACAAAGUGACAAAAUUAGCUCUGAAAAACAUCACGAGAAGCCUUCAAAGAAAACAAGUGAAAAGAACAACACAGAAUCGACGCGGGAAUCACCAAAAACACAAGGCAAGUCAUUUAAUGAAUUAGCCAACGACAUAGAUGCUGCGACACAGGCUGCUUUUAGCCAAAUGGUGUGGUUGCCUUAUCUUAAUCAUCUGGAGGCUAUGUCUGUGGGAAACAAUUCGGAAAUUAUGAAGAUGCUAACUUCUUCCUUCCCUUUUUAUCCAAAUCAGAUGCCUGACCUUUCACAUAUAUUUGGGGCUAAUAGAUUUCCUACCCCGUUAGGUUUCCCUAUGCAACCCCCUAUGAACUACACAAAUCCUCUGGAGCUGGGUAUGUGGCAAGAAGCCAUGUUACAAGCAAGUAUGUUACGAAACAAAAACACUUUUGAAAACUUCAAUCCGAAACAUUCCUUCAGAGAACAUCUUGAUAAAAUUAAUAUCCCCCAAGCAACCAAAAAACCGACCAUUCCAACUCACAACCAAAGAAUGCAUAUUCCCAACAAGCAACAAAGCUUCCCAGGCAGUAUUUAUUCUUCUAGUAACAAUCACUCGCCUUAUCAAAAUCCUUAUAUGAACAUAAAUAUGCCAAAUUCUUAUCAAGGUAAUCCUAAACCCAAUCUGCAAAUACCCCAAUAUAAUCCAAUGCAGCAUCAGAAGAAUUUAAUGGCACAACAAAAGUACGGACCUAGUUUUCCACAGAAGAACUUGAAUCCCUACCAGCCUCAGCAAAAAUUAGACAACAACCAGAAUUUUAGCAGCAUAUACUCCCAACUAACCGAGCAGGAGAAAAACCAAUACCUACAAAGUUUAAGCAUGAACAGUCAAGAACCCUCGCAGUACCAGCCGUCUGUGCACAAUCAACGAAAAGAAUCGGCUUCACAGAAAUCAAAGUUGGCUUGCAAAUCGUUCGCUAACGUUUCGCAAUCGAGCCAGAGAUCCACUCCCCAUCACGAGCCAAAGGAAAAAUCCUCCGUCGAUUUUUGUAGGCAACAGACGAGCCAGCCUAUUGAUCUCUCCGGUUCAACGACGCCGGGAAGCAAACUCAAGGUUAAACAGCAUCUUAUCGAUCCCGUGAACACGCCAAAGUUAUUAAAGCACCACGACGACGUUCCCGAAGUUGGAAGCACCACGGCGAGCAUAGAAGAAAUGCAGGAUGCACACAAACACCUCUGGCACCCGCUGUUCGGCAACCAAAAGGGGUACAGCAGCCCUUGGAAUUGGACGACGGUGACGGCGACUGGGGAAUAA